AUGGGUGUUUACACUGACACAAAUGAGUAUCCAUCCCCAAUCUCUCCAACAAGGUUGUUCAAGGCCUUGGUUCUUGAUGCUCACAACCUCAUUCCAAAGCUUUUGCCACAGGCUGUGAAGAGCAUUGAACUCAUACAAGGCGAUGGCGGGGCUGGAAGCAUCAAGCAAUAUAACUUUGUUGAAGGUGGCCAAGUGAAAAUUGUUAAGAACCGGGUUGAUCAGAUGAACGAGGAUACAUUUACUUACAAUUACACAUUGAUUGAAGGUGAAGCAUUAAAGGACAAGUUCGCAUCCAUUGCUCAUGAGAUUAAGUUUGAGGCUACACCUGAUGGUGGUAGCAUAAAUAAGAUAACAAACAAGUAUUAUUCUAAAGAUGAUAUUGAGCUCAAUGAAGAGGAAAUUAAGGUUGGCAAAGAGAAGGUCUUGGGCAUUUACAAAGUUGUGGAAACCUAUCUCCUGCAGAACCCUCAUGUGUAUGCUUGA